UCACACUGCUCCGCUCGGGCAACUUUUGCAAAUAAUUAAAUUCAAUUUUUGGCAACAUUUUAUUGUUUCGCUGAAUGAUGACUGAAAUAACACUUGCUCUGAUUAAACCGCACGUGCUGCGUAACACCUAUGCAAUGCAGCAGAUUCUGGCACUGAUCGGACAACACUUUACCGUGCUCGGCCAGAAGGAGGUUCACAUUACGAAAGAGCUGUCCCAGCGAUUCUAUGCGGAGCACCAGAAUAAAUUCUUCUAUCAUCGCCUCACCAGCUUCAUGAAUAGUGGUCCCUGCUAUGCCUUGAUUCUACAGUCGGAGGCCAGUAUACAAAAGUGGCGCAAUUUGCUGGGCCCAACGAAGGUCUUUCGUGCUGUUUACAGCGAUCCCAACUGUAUCCGGGCAUUAUACGGACUGUCCGAUACCCGUAAUGCCUGUCAUGGAUCGGAUAGCGAAGCCUCAGCCCGCCGGGAGAUUAGCAUACUGUUUCCAGAGUUCAAAGACGCUCUUUUGGAAGCACAAGAACCCAAACAGGAGACGACAACGACAACGUAGCCCAAGGACAAGGCCUCAAAGCAUUUGUUAUUGCAUAAAUAUUGCUUGUGAAUACUCCAGGUUGAGCCUGGAAGUGCUUGUGCCUUAAGGACUUUGGAUCUCGCUAAGAUGAAGGUAUUGCCAGGACAUUUCCGAAUCGCCACAGUCUCUUGUUAAUUGUUAUUGUUCCAGCACUCGUUAAAAUUGUAUGUAUA